AUGGCUCCACCAGACCCCCGCUCCCUGCUCGUCUUUGCACUUGUAGUCGUCCUGCUCUCCUGUCACACGUGGGAAGUGCGGGCCACUGCGGAGGUGAACAUGGAGGACCGAGUGGACGUGAUGCUCGGAGACAGCGCACAGAUCACCUGCAUGUUCAGCUCCGAGGACGGACCCGGAGGAACCAUGAUACAGUGGUUUUAUCAGGUGGCGCGCACAGGGGAGAAGAAGAGGAUCUACAACCUGGAGAGUGGAAUCAGCUUACCGGACAAGGGCACGCCGUUUUCAGAGCGCAUCAACGUGAACGGCAGCGCGGCCUCAGGAGCCGUGGUGAUGACCAUCAACGACGUCCAGCUGAAGGACGAGCUGGAGUUCAUCUGCAUCGUCAAAAGUCUCACUGACGGCACAGCAGAGGGCCGCACCAAGCUCAGAGUGUUCCAAACCCCCGAAGCACCCACCAUCAUUGGAGCACAGCAAGGGAUUUCAGUCCAGGAAACAGAUCUUUCAAAAAUUGGGACUUGUGAAGUCAAAAACGGCUAUCCGAGGCCAAACAUCACAUGGUACAAAAACACCACUCCAAUACACAGCAUUCGUGACGAGGUGAAUGUUGUGCCGAGCGUGACGACAGAAUCCAGUGGGCUGUACUCGGUGAAAAGUGAACUAUCCAUGAAAGUGAUGAAGGAGGACGCAGACGCCGUGUUCUCCUGCGAGGUCACCUACUUUUCCCCCGGGUGCGAGACUCGGAUGGUGGAGACCAGCGCCAUCGACAUCACGGUGUACUAUCCACACACGUCCAUAAAGGUGUGGGUGGAGUCUCCAAAAGGAAAGAUCAAGGAGGGAGACACGCUGGAGAUCCACUGUUCAGGCGACGGCAAUCAUCCAUCCACCACCUUCAACAUAGGCGUCGAAGAGAAGGUUUUAAUAGAAGGCAAAGUGUUAGUGGUAGAGAACGUCACCCGCCUGGACUCCGGCGUUUACCGCUGUACGGCUCUGAACAUGGAAUCAUGGAUUGAAAUCUCUGAAAACACCACAGUAUUUGUCGACUAUCUAGAGGAUGUUGUGAUUAAGCCUGAAAAAAUCAUUGAAGUGCUCCAAGGAGAUAACGGGGAGGCGACCUGCAACGCCCUGUCCUCCCUGAACACGCAAACCACCUGGUUUAAGAAUGGACAGGAGGUGAGUAAAGGCCACACGUUGUCCUUAAAUGAUGCCAGCUUUGAGACGGCUGGGACCUACGUGUGCGUGGUGACUGCGCUGGAGGUGGACGGGGUGGAGAGGAGCGGGGCGGUGCGUGUUCACGUUCAGGGCGCCCCAGAGAUCCUGACUCCUGAGAACGCUGAGCUGGAGGAGAGCGUGGACCAGACCGUGGAGCUCAGCUGCUACGUGCGAGGGUACCCCCAUCCCACCGUCACCUGGUCCACCUCCGAGGGAAAGAUUGUUCCCACAGCUUCAAACACAGAGACUGACGACGGGCUCAUCAGCAUGGCCAGCGUCACGGUAACAGGCGACGUCAUCGUCUUCUGCAACGCCACCAACACGUUAGGAGAGGACUCUGUGGCCUUCAGCAUCAAAGCCAAGGGCAGUGGUGUUAUAAUUGCGGUCAUCAUCGUGUGCAUUCUGCUGCUGGCCAUUCUGGGCAGUGUCCUGUACUUCCUCUACAAAAAGGGCAAGAUCUGUGGUCGAUCUGGCAAACAGGAUCUAAACAAAGGCAAGGCUGGGAAAGACAACAUUGUAGUAGAGAUGAAGAGUGACAACACAGAAGAAGCGGUACUCCUUGGUGUCAAUGGAGAGAAACAACUUCAGUGA